AUGCAACUGUCCGAGCAUCUAAAGUUGGUUCAGCUUCCAGAUCACCGCGGCAAGAUUAUCUACAUUGAACGAUGCACAAUGGACGCCCUCAAGAAGCGUCACACCUCGUGGUUCAACGAGACUAUUGACGUUUCGACAGCAGAGAAAGAUGGCCAUGAUAGCUGCAACUCCCUCGUCUAUUCAAAAUGUGGGGGUCUCAUCUACGUCAUUGCCUCAUUCUUUGUCACUUUUACGGAAGAGAGCAAGAUCCCCCACCGCUACACCAAUUUGAACGCAUUUUGCCGCUGUCAGGACGUGCAACUGGCCAGUGGGAGCAUAUCUUUGGAAAAAGUCCAGGAAGAACGACGCGUCCUCCUUGCAUUUGUGAUGGGCUUGGAGCCACUGAGCAGUAAGGGCGCUAACAGUGAUUGUUCCCGCUCUGUUCGUGCAGCUCGAAAAAUGGCAUUUGCCGAUGGAUUCUUCCGGAGGCCCAAGGAACGCAUUGAAGUUGUGUCGAUGCCGUUGGGUAUCGGAUAUGGCGAGAUGCUGUUCAUUCGUGACAAGUUGGGCAUGACGUUGACAAACAAGCUGCUCAUUGCACAUGGUCUUCUACUUGACGGAGAGCAACAAAUGUCUCCUUUGGAGCCAUCGUUCAAGUGCCCCGAAACUCCUAGCAAGCCUUGUUCCACCGCGAAUUUGCAGGGCGAGGAUGUGGAGGAUGCCAAUGACGACGAUGACGACGGCAGCGAAGAUGGUAGACCACACUACUACAUCUGCAUGGUAGGUGCCAGGACUCCCGAUCACACAUUCUGUGGCAUGUUUGCCUGUACGGGCUGCUAUUCAAAUAUUGAGGCGCACGAGCUAGAAACACUGCAGCAAAAAGCCUUGGAAGGUCCGUUGUCGGAUGCACAACAGGAGCAGCUGCAAAAGUUGAUGAAACAACACGCAGAUCGAAAAGCGGGCCCACCCAGCAGAAACCAAGCGACCGAGAGACAAAGUCAGUGA